AUCUCAAGGAACAAAAGGACUGGGUUUGACGCCUGCUCUUUAUGAACCUCACGAAGAUACAUUCGACUAUCAUGAGGCAGGCUCCAAAAAAUAUCGCCCACGUUUCUACAGAGUAAACGUCUUUCAUAGCAAAUCUGAAAUCACACUGUUAUUGGUAGUCACUGCACUAGCUUUGGCAACUAGGACAUGGAUGUUGCAUGGCAUUGAUACGAGCGUGCUUGGAGAGUUUAAUACCAGCUAUGGUGUUAACCAAUACAUGAACGGAAAGUUUUUCAUAGAUCGAAAUCCUCCUCUGGCAACCUUGAUUUACACUUUGGCUGCCAGAUGCUUUGGAUACCAAGGACAAAAGAAUCUGAUGUACAUGGGGCAACCCUUUGCAGACUUUCCGUAUGUUCAGCUACGACUUGUCUCUGCAGUAUUUGGAGCACUUCAAGUUCCCAUUGCAUAUAUUACUCUGAAGUUGAUGGGACACAAAUCGCUGACGGCUUUGGUAGCCGCCGCUUUGCUGAUUGUCGAAAAUGGAUCCAUUUCGCAGCAUAGACAUAUCCUGACUGCAGCACCGUUAGGAUUUUUUGCUGCUUCUUCGAUCCUGAUGUGGGUGAACUUCCAUAAUUAUCAAAACAACCCCUACUGCUUCAAAUGGUGGACAUGGCAAACCUUGACUGGCAUCUGCAUAGGUGGUGCCAUGAGCGUAAGCUGGACCGGGUUCCUUUUGCUACCAUUAUUUUGGGCUUCCAGUGCUCGUCAAAUGUGGUGCUUGUUGGGAGACCGAAUGAAUCCGAUUACUUCAAUUGUCAAGGAAGUUUCUUCACGAAUCUUGUCCAUGAUAAUUAUUCCGUUAGGAGUCUAUCUUCUGUGCUUCCAGGUUCAUUUUCAUUUACUUGGCCAAUCCGGUGAUCAUGAUUUGUUGCUCAGCCCUGAACUACGAUCUUCCAUAAACGCGAUUAGAGUUGGCUCAUCGCAGAAUGACGUCGCUUAUGGCUCCAAGGUUCACUUACGACACUUCAACAGCCAUGUUGGCUACCUUCAUUCGCAUGAACAUUCUUGGAUAGAUGGAUCUUCACAGCAACAAGUCACUGCAUACCCUUUCCAGGACCUCAACAAUGGUUGGGUGUUGCAAAAGGCAGAUUCGUUAUGGAAUGCAAGCCAGCCGAUUAAUUGGGUCGAAAAUAAGCAGAAGAUCAGACUGGAACACUUUUCAACAUUAAAAAAGCUCCAUAGCCACGAAAAACAUGCCCCGAUAUCGCAUAAGCUUUUUGAAGUGACUGCUUAUGGAGACAUCUUUACCGAGGAUCAUAACGAUUUUUGGACUGUAGAAAUUGUUGAUCAUGACCAUGAAGAUGCGACAUCGAAAGAUAGACUCAAGGCUCUGUCCACCAAAUUUCGCUUGAAACAUAGUCGCGGAUGCUAUCUGACAGCACACCAUGUAAAAUUACCUGAUUAUGCCAAAGGGCAUUUUGAAGUAGCUUGCCGAAACGACGCUAAACAGGAAGUGAGCACUUGGUUAGUCGAGAAUUCCAUACAUCCAACACUUAAAAUGGUAGAGACCGAUCGUGUGGAAUAUAAAAAAUCAAACUUUUACCAAAAGCUUCAGGAAGUACACGGCUUGAUGAGAAACUAUGACAAGGUUAUUCCAAAUGCAGACUCUGUCAGAUUUGAAGCUAGUCAACCACACCAAUGGCUGCUCAAUAGAGAAACCAUGCAACUUUGGAAAGAAGAUGUUGGUCUCCAAGUCGCGACUGCACUAAACCCAACAGUUGCCUGGACUGGGUGUGCUAUAACCGUAUUUUAUAUGCUAUUUUCUGUUUUAAAUUCUUUACUCUCCAAGCGCGGAAUUCAAUGGCCAUCAUUUACAAGGUCUCAAGGAAGCUCGGAAUGGAGAGCAUAUCAGACUCUUCCACCCAAAGAAUUCUACGUACAAUCCUUUGGAUUUCUGUUCACUGCUAUCGUUUCUACCUCAGCUCUUACAUAUGUUCUACCAAUCCAAACGAACUUGUCCGACAGUCUCUUGAGCGUCUAUUUCAUGAUUUUGGGAACAUCUAUAGCAUUUGAAGUUAUUACUAUUCGCUUAGCACUUGGUCUGCGUUUAAUCUUUUUUACUGCCAUUUUCGUCGCUUCCUGCUACAGCUUCCUGAAACUUGUCCCUACAACAUAUGGAACACCUUGGACGAAAGCUGAAUGUGAAAUAUCAUCCUCCAAAUUUAACUGUCAGAAUUACCCUACGCCAACUAUCAACACGCAACCUGAGCAAGAGAUGCAAUCGGUAUACGUAGACGUAUUUGGAGAUACGUAUACGAUAGAUUACCAGCCUGGUGAAGAACAUGAGAUCAAUAUCAAGGCUAGAGAAAUCAAAUUCAAUGCUUGGAAGGCUAAAACUCAAGGAACAAAGGUUAAAGAAAGAUACAUAGGUGUCCAGAGCACUCCGUCCGCAGGUUAUGCUGAAGUCAAGGAAAUCCGAAAAAUCCGGUACAAGCAAAUGACUGCAAGAUAUUUGCAACUUCAUCCAGAAAAAGAGCAAGUGAAUGAUGUCAAGGAAGAAGACACCGCAAAUCCGAAUGCAAUUGAACAAAAUAAGAAUGGUUCGCAACAAAAAGAAGUUGGUCAAGGUGAAACAUCCAACGAAUCUCAAGAAUCAUACCAAGUUGCAGUCGGACAUGAAAACUCACAGUUCAAAGGACAGGUGAAUGAUUCAGAGGGAGAAAAUAUGGCCAAGGAAGAACAACAGCAUCAGGUAUCAACCCUGGAAGUUGUCAAUGCUGACUCGCCUGAGCAGCAGGUUAUUUCAGAGGAGAAAAGACCUCAUGAAGAAGUGAAUAACAAGCAGUCCGAAGAAAGCAAGAUACAAGAACAGCAAGCAAUGAGUACAAACAAUGAAAAUUCGGAGGUCGUUCAAGAAGCACAGCCGAUACAGGAUGAUUCGGCACCUGGGCAAGUUCAGCAAUACCAAGAAGGAGAUUCAGUUUUAGUAGAAGUUCAAGCCGAGCUACAUGCUCAAACGACAGUACACGCAAAACCUGACCAACAAAUUGACUCCAUCGAGCAACAAGUGUAUACAACAUUUGUAGCAGUUUGAUAUUUGUUAUAAAUCCAUCUCCUUGGUUGGCGAAAAUGCCACAUAGCAU